GCCGGCGGCCGGCGGCGGAGGGCGGCUGAGGGCGCCGAGGGUCCGCGCCGUGUCCUCGCGUCCCGUGCGCGCCCGCCAGGCGCUGCGCCCGCUCGCGGUGGGAGCUCGGCCGGUGCGCGGCAGACACCCGGGCCGCUCCCUGUGGGGCCCGGCGGGCGGCGCGGCCCGGGGCGAUGCGCUGAGCGCACCGAGGGCCGCGCGCGGGGGGCCGAGCCCAUGGAGCCGGCGGGCGCCGGGCCGAGCAGGCGGGCGCCGCCACCGCCGCCGCUGCUGCUGCUGCUGCUCCUGCAGGUGGCGGGGCCGGCGGGCGCCCUGGCCGAGACCCUGCUGGACGCGCCGCGGGCCAUGGGCACCAGCUCCAGCCCGCCCAGCCCGGCCAGCGUGGUGGCGCCCGGGACGACGCCGUUCGAGGAGAGCCGCCUGCCGGUGUUCACCCUGGAUUACCCCCACGUGCAGAUCCCCUUCGAGAUCACCCUGUGGAUCCUGCUGGCCUCCCUGGCCAAGAUCGGCUUCCACCUCUACCACAAGCUGCCCACCAUAGUGCCCGAGAGCUGCCUUCUCAUCAUGGUUGGGCUCCUCCUGGGCGGAAUCAUCUUUGGCGUAGAUGAGAAGUCGCCCCCGGCCAUGAAGACGGAUGUUUUCUUCCUGUACCUCCUGCCCCCGAUCGUGCUGGACGCGGGCUACUUCAUGCCCACCCGGCCGUUCUUCGAGAACAUUGGCACCAUCUUCUGGUACGCGGUGGUGGGGACGCUGUGGAAUUCCAUCGGCAUCGGGGUGUCUCUGUUCGGGAUCUGCCAGAUCGAAGCCUUCGGCCUGAGCGACAUCACUCUGCUCCAGAACCUGCUGUUCGGGAGCCUGAUCUCGGCGGUGGACCCGGUGGCCGUGCUGGCCGUGUUUGAGAACAUCCACGUCAACGAGCAGCUCUACAUCCUGGUCUUCGGGGAGUCCCUGCUGAAUGACGCCGUGACGGUGGUCCUGUACAACCUGUUCAAGUCCUUCUGCCAGAUGAAGACCAUCGAGCCCGUGGACGUGUUCGCCGGCAUCGCCAACUUCUUCGCGGUGGGGGUCGGCGGCGUGCUGAUCGGCGUCUUCCUGGGCUUCAUAGCGGCCUUCACCACGCGCUUCACCCACAACGUGCGCGUGAUCGAGCCGCUCUUCGUCUUCCUGUACAGCUACCUGUCCUACAUCACGGCCGAGAUGUUCCACCUCUCGGGCAUCAUGGCAAUCACAGCCUGUGCGAUGACCAUGAACAAGUACGUGGAAGAGAACGUGUCCCAGAAAUCCUACACGACCAUCAAGUACUUCAUGAAGAUGCUCAGCAGCGUGAGCGAGACGCUCAUCUUCAUCUUCAUGGGCGUGUCCACCGUCGGCAAGAACCACGAGUGGAACUGGGCGUUCGUCUGCUUCACCCUGGCCUUCUGCCUGAUCUGGAGGGCGCUGGGUGUCUUUGUCCUGACGCAGGUCAUCAACUGGUUCCGGACGAUCCCCUUGACCUUCAAGGACCAGUUCAUCAUCGCCUACGGCGGCCUGCGUGGCGCCAUCUGCUUCGCGCUGGUGUUUCUCCUGCCCGCUGCCGUGUUUCCCCGGAAAAAGCUGUUCAUCACGGCGGCCAUUGUGGUCAUCUUCUUCACCGUCUUCAUCCUGGGAAUAACUAUCCGGCCGCUGGUGGAGUUCCUUGAUGUUAAGAGGUCCAACAAGAAGCAGCAAGCUGUCAGUGAGGAAAUCCAUUGUCGGUUUUUUGAUCACGUGAAGACGGGGAUUGAAGAUGUCUGUGGACACUGGGGUCACAACUUUUGGAGAGACAAAUUUAAGAAGUUUGAUGACAAAUACCUGCGGAAGCUUUUGAUUCGGGAAAACCAACCCAAGUCAAGCAUCGUGUCCUUAUAUAAAAAGCUUGAAAUAAAACACGCCAUUGAGAUGGCGGAGACCGGGAUGAUGAGUGCCGUCCCUUCUUUUGCGUCUCUAAAUGACUGUCGGGAAGAAAAGAUAAGGAAGCUCACCCCUGGUGAAAUGGAUGAAAUUCGAGAACUAUUAUCGAGAAAUCUCUACCAAAUCCGUCAGCGAACUCUGUCGUACAACAGACACAAUCUGACGGCCGACACCAGUGAGCGGCAGGCCAAGGAGAUUCUGAUCCGCCGGAGGCACAGCCUGCGGGAAAGCAUUCGGAAGGACAGUAGCCUGAAUCGGGAGCACCGGGCUUCUACUUCAGCUUCUCGAUAUUUAUCCUUACCCAAAAAUACAAAACUUCCAGAAAAGCUACAAAAGAAAAAGAAUAUUUCUAACGCAGGUGACGACAGCAGCGACUCAGACCCAGAUGUCGGGACCACCGUCCUCAACUUGCAGCCCCGAGCGAGGCGCUUCUUGCCAGAACAGUUCUCGAAGAGAAGCUCCCAGGCCUAUAAGAUGGAAUGGAAGAACGAGGUAGACGUGGAUUGCGACCAGGGGCGGCCCCGCACCCCGCCAGCUGCCCACGGCAAAGAGGGGGGCGCCCAGGCCCCGGGGGUACUGUGCCAGCCCCUCCUCUCCAAAGGCCAGUUUGGCUCCGUGCGCGGAGACGGGGUGACUCAAGCCCUCCGACCCAAGGCGCCACCCAGGCUGGUGCGAAGGGCAUCGGAACCUGGACACCGGAAGGGCCGGCUGGGCAGCGAGAAGCCUUGAUGGAAAAGGCCAAAGCAGACUUGGGGUGACCCCCGCCCGGCAGCGGGGAGUCCACUUGCAACCCUCUCUGCAUCUAAAUACUGUCUUUGGUAGUAGAAUCAGGCCAGGAUUCAGGGGGCCAGCGCUUAACCCGAGAAGAAGAGAAUCGAAUUAAAAAAGUCCCAUGAAGUGGCUUUUAGGACUUGUUGCGAGCAGUUGUAGUCUUUGUAAGCCUAAAGAAAAAAGGAAAAGAAAAGAAAAAAAACACGCGUGCCUUUAUUGAACUUGAAGGACAGAACUUGAAAUUUUUAACACACCUUUGUUGGUGAAAAGUUUUAAUAUAUGCAUAUAUGCCUCAGAUUUUAUUUAUGAAAAACUACGUGUAUCUGUCAUUCGUGUUUAAGCACUUGGCACUAAAAGUACUUAGAACGCCUGUCCUGGGCGUCAGGGGCAGCUCCUGGGGAUGGAGGGGGAGGGGCGGCUGGGCGUGGAGGGCCGACCUUGUCCCGCGGGUUGGGGGGAGGCAGCACAGAGACCCCCGAGGACUCCAGCCGUCGGAACAUCCAGGCAGACGAGGUGGCCUGGCUCCCCGAGUUACGAGAGUGCGGCUGGUUUUCCAUUUGUUCCUCCUUCUACAGCGGACUUGCGGGUGACACAGAUUCCAUCUCCCCUUCGUGUUUACAUGGUACAGGGAGAGAGACCGCCGGGGGUGGGGGGGAGAGAGACCGCCGGGGGGGAAGCCAGUGAGACUCAGUGCCAGCUCGUGACAAAGUGCCAUCCACGUGGGCCCCAUGGGGUGUGUGAGGAAGGGGACAGGGCAGCACCGGCUUGUGGCAGGCGGGGGGUUUGAUACUGUGCAAUCCUGGGAGGCCGAGGCAGGAGAGUCCCUGUCAUGCCCACCUACGACCACCUGGCUCCAGAACUUUUCUGUAGAACAUUCUAGAGCUUCCAAUCCAGGUCAGAGGCUCCGAGCAGACAAGGAUGGAUCUUUAUAUAAAGAGGAUUCCAAAUAUUUAACAGAUGGGUGAGAAUUCCGGUUUUGGAUUUUAUUCAGGAAGCACUUUGGAGAAUGUGGGCGUUCUAGGGGUUUUUUUUUUUUUUUUUUUUUUGCACUAGUCUGUAAUUUGUUACCUCUCCCCCUUCAACAAAGUAGUAGCUCAAAUUCUUCAUAUAAAAUUGGGUUCUGCUCCUCUGAGUACUUUUUAAAAGUACAGAAGAGAGACAAGAAGUGGAGUAUGGUCAUUUAGGAUUAAUACUGAAAUCUCUCUCGUAAGCUAUAGAUUUCAUUGGCCUGUCAUUUUCCCAGAAAGCCCCCUCUUUAAAACUUAACCAGAACAAGACUAAAUUUCUGGGUUUAUCUAUGAAAUGAGGCCACUCAUGUGGUCCCUUGGAUUCACACUGGAGAUACAGCAAACGAUCCAAGUGACAGCUGUCUAAUUUCUGGAAAUUAAACAGAAAGAUAUUGUACUUAGAAACUCUUGGCCGUGGUUCUUAUCUCCUUUUUCUAGAAGUAAAUCUACCUUUUUUUUUUUUUUCCUCAUGUUCUAAAAUGCUGGAAUACUGCUAGAUUGUUGGGCGUGAGACUGAGGGGAGGGCAAACACACAAGGUACAAGUUCAUAAAGAGUACAAUUUCCUGCCCACACUCUCCCAAGUUGAUCAGUGGAAAGCAGUGUAGACACAAUUUAAACUACAAGCUUAGGACUCUGUGCCAAAAUUCUUAAUUUUAAAUGAAAAUAUUUAUAUAAAAUAUGUAUGUUUCAUCUGCUGAAAAUAAAUGAAAACUGACUUAAUUUAGAAUUUUAUUAUAGGACUGUGAUUCAUCAAGAUACGUGAUGUGUAUUUUUGAGAAUCUGACGAGUAAAUUCUCAGAAGUGACGGUGUACGAAAUCUGAAAUGGAAGGUUGAAAUGGAAAAUGACUUUAAAAAUAAAUUUCCUGAUUUUCCCUGGUGUCCUACGUUAAUAUUUUAAGGUGUCUAACUUUCGGGAAAUGAUGGAAAAAACAUGCAAAUGUUUAUUAUGACACUUCAUCUUGUUAAGCAGGUAGACCAAAUUCCGCUUUCACUAAUUAAAAAUCAGAUAAAAAGUAUGGAUGACAUUGUGUAAAUUUCUAAAAAGGAACACUUCUGUCAUUUUAUCUUUAUUAUCCGUUGAAAUUUUUUCCUUAUUUGUGGAAUGAUAUAAAAAAUGAAAAAUAAAUUUGACUUUAUUUACCUUU